UUAGCAGAAAAAUGAAACAGAAAGAGUAAAACCGAGUAUUUCUUCGACUCGUGCCCUAGCGCAGAGAUAAAGAGAGAGAGGGAGAGAGUAAGCGAAGAAGAUUGUCCUCAGCAACCAUCGUUGUCAUCCGUAUCACUGCCUUCGUCAGUUUUAGUUGGAAUUUAUCAGGAAAUGUUUAAGAACACAUUCCAGUCUGGUUUUCUCUCCAUUUUAUACAGCCUUGGGAGCAAGCCUUUGCAGAUAUGGGAUAAAGAAGUUGUUAAUGGACAGAUAAAACGACCACAAGAUGAAGACAUACAGUCCAACGUCCUUGAAAUUGUGGGAUCAAAUGUCCAGUCAACAUACAUUACAUGCCCGGCAGACCCAGCUGCAACACUUGGUAUAAAGCUACCAUUCUUGGUUAUGCUUGUGAAAAACCUAAAGAAAUACUUCACAUUUGAGAUUCAAGUGCUGGAUGAUAAGAAUGUCAGGCGACGUUUCCGAGCUUCUAAUUUUCAAGCUGUGACUAGAGUAAAGCCAUACAUCUGUACCAUGCCUUUAAGGUUGGACGAGGGAUGGAACCAAAUCCAGUUGAAUCUUUCUGAUUUUACCAGACGUGCGUAUGGAACCAACUAUGUUGAGACACUGAGGGUUCAAGUGCAUGCAAACUGCCGUCUUAGGAGAAUAUAUUUCUCCGACCGCCUUUAUUCAGAGGAGGAACUCCCACCAGAAUUCAAACUUUACCUGCCAAUGCAGAAAACAUGACUGCAUGCAAAAUCUCACUGGACCGCGACUUCUAAAGGAGUGGAGCUAUACUAUCGAAUGGCAGCUUAUAAGUCGUCUGUAAUUUUUCAGUUUUUACAGGACGUAAUCUCAUAGAUAUUAUUCACUUGGUGUUUGACUAGGACGAUAUUAUUAUUGGAGUUUGCAAUGGUGAUAUGCAUUGUCUUACUAUCCAGUUGCUUAGUUUUGCUGAUAAGCCUAGUGCUGUGUUUUCUGAGCGAGGUGCCUAACCCAAUUGGGCCUUGAUUUGGUUUUAUUUUGUUGUGUGUGGAAUUGUUGUGCUUGGUUUUCAAUGGAAAGUUAAAGAUUUUUAUGGGAUUCUUAAAA